GUUGCCGCACCGCGAGCUUAGUCGAUUUGGAUCUUUUCACGCGUUCGCUGCCUCAGUCUUUCGUUCGCCUUUAUUCCCCCGCUCCACCACAAUGAAAUACGCUGUGAUCGCCAUCGCCUUGUUUGCGAUUUCUGCCGCUUCGGCCUCUUCCGCUGGUCAGUUCCUGCCGCGUGCCUUCUUCACCUUGGACAAGGAAGGCCACCAGUCGGAUGUUCACCCUGUGAAUGCCCAUCUGCUGAGGCGUCUGCGUCGCCAGGUGUUCAGCUCCUCCUCCUCGUCAUCCUCCUCUUCCUCCUCCAGUGGAGAUGGCGGCAGCUACACCUUUGCCUCGCACUCCGUUCAGAAUCCCGAUGGCAGUGGUCACGCCGGUACCUCUUACACCCAGCAGGCUGCUGCUCCAGUGGUUGCUCUUGAUAGCCGCUUCGGUGAGGAUUCUGCUACGGGAAACAACUACAAUAACGGUCAGUACAACCCAAGCUACAACAAUGGUUACAACACCGCCUCCUCCAUCAACACCAACACCGGAUUCGGCAGCACCAACAGCUACCAGCAAAGCUAUGGAGCUGGAGCCGUGCCCGCCGUUCAAAUCCAUCAGACCGCCACCACUUUCGAUGCCAAUGGCAACCAGAAGGUGACCACCGUCCAUGGUGCCACCGAUCAACACGGCAUUCUGAACGUCCAGAAGACCGACGCCCAGUACUCUGGUUAAAGGAAGACGGCAUAGAAUUUAGAUAUUUUUGAGUGUAAUGGAGUGAACUUUAAUAAACUAAAGUAAAGUAAAUUAUAAA